CUCCCGCCGCGUGGUUGCCAUGGCAACGGAGAGAGCCGGCGACCUGGGUUCCGGAAGCCGGAGAGCUAGAGCUUUGGAAACUACCGUGGUCAAAGGAUGCUGAGUCCAGAGCGCCUAGCCCUACCGGACUACGAGUAUCUGGCCCAGCGACAUGUCCUCACGUACAUGGAAGAUGCAGUGUGCCAACUGCUAGAGAACAAGGAAGAUAUUAGCCAGUACGGCAUUGCCAGGUUCUUCACUGAAUAUUUUAACAGUGUGUGUCAGGGAACUCACAUUCUCUUUCGGGAAUUCAGCUUCAUCCAAGCAACCCCUCACAACAGGGCAUCAUUCUUACGGGCCUUCUGGAGAUGCUUCCGAACUGUGGGCAAAAAUGGCGAUUUGCUGACCAUGAGAGAAUAUCACUGUUUACUGCAACUGCUGUGCCCGGAUUUCCCCCUGGAGCUCACUCAGAAAGCAGCCAGGAUUGUGCUCAUGGAUGACGCCAUGGACUGCUUGAUGUCUUUUUCAGAUUUCCUUUUUGCCUUCCAGAUCCAGUUUUACUACUCAGAAUUCCUGGAGAGCGUGGCUGCCAUCUAUCAGGACCUGCUGGCAGGCAAGAACCCCAACACAGUGAUUGUGCCAACAUCAUCCAGUGGGCAACACCGCCAGCGACCUACCUUGGGCGAGGCUAGUAUGUUGGAGGGAGUGGAGGCAUCACUGUUCUACCAGUGCCUGGAGAACUUGUGUGACCGGCACAAGUACAGCUGUCCACCCCCAGCACUUGUCAAAGAGGUACUAAGCAACGUUCAGAGACUGACCUUCUAUGGAUUCCUUGUGGCUCUUUCAAAGCAUCAUGGAAUCAACCAAGCCCUGGGAGCUUUGCCUGACAAAGGAGACCUAAUGCACGACCCAGCCAUGGAUGAGGAGCUGGAACGACUAUUCAAGAGUGAGCAUGGAGGUCCUGGUCUCUAGAGAGGAAGCACCUGGCUGCCUUCUGGGCUUCUUCCCUCCUUCAGGCUUGUCCAGAUCCCAGGCCUGGUCAACUCGGCCACUGCCAAUCCAGAGGCCAGCUGCCUGCCUUCCCGAACCCCUCCCCGGGUUGGCUCCCCCUGGAGACCCCUCCAUCAUGCCCGCAAGAUGGAUGCAGAGAGCGAUGGCUCCACUGAAGAGACGGACGAGUCCGAGACUUGAGUCUGAAGGGUCCUGUCCACAACGCCUGUAUCCAGCUCCCACCUACCUAGCCCUUGGGACUCCCAGCCAUCCUCCUCUCCCACUCCUGUGCCAUGCUGCCCUCUGCUGGUGAAAAGCUUGAAUAACAACAGCCCAAGCCCAAAGACCAGCCAGAGGGGUUCUGGUAUCAGCCAAGCCAAGCAGUGACCCUGAAAAGUAACAGCCUACUCUCCUUGGCCCUGUCAGCCUCUGUGCUUUAGGCAGGCCCCAAGCUGACAGCAGACUGAGCUGAAGCCACCAGGAGGUGACUUGGCUUUAGUCUUUUGCUGACAGUCCCCGCAUAAAGGUGGUCUCCUCACAGCAACUCCAGGAAGGGGAGAGACCAUGAAUAACCAUGCAGGGCCUUGCAUGGUCAAGGGCAACACCAGUGAUGCAAGUAUGGGGUGGACAUAAACAUGGUGGCCUUCUGCUGGAGGAAGAGCCACUACCAUGAUAGGAUGAAGGGUAGGCAAGAAGACAAUUCCACUUUCAAAAACUGCUUCAAGUCUCCUCUGUGUCUAAUAGUUAAGUAUGUUAAAUGAAUAAAGUCCCUUGUAUCCAGUAA